AGAGCCCACCUCUUCCUGUCGGUGUCAGAAAGGCAACUUCACCAUAUUUAGCUGGCUUGCCGAAGCCCCGCGGAAUUGAUCUGUCAACCGGACUGCAAAUCUUGACACUUAUCGGCAAAUACUGCCCGGUGUUGACAGCUUUAUUUUGGCACCGGGAUACAAACUACGGAAGACGAUGUCAUUGGGAUAUGGUACUGGGGAAACGGGGCCGUGACAACGGCUGUUUUUAACCCGAUAAAAGUAACAUUAGACGUCUGUCAGAAUUCCAACUAACGUUAACGUUAUCCAACCGCCGAGCUAGCUAGUCAGCUAAUUAGUGGAGCUACCCCGACGUUCGCUGUCCAGUAGACACGAAUUUAUGUCGUCUCUGUUUAUGUACAUAUUUUGGUAGUAAUUCAUUUGGACUCAGUGACCCCGCUAUGAUGAUAUCCUGACAGUUUCUCUCUAGCGGGCUAACUUGGCUAACUAGCAGGUUUGCACUGCCAUAGUGUCGCGUUGAACAGCCAGUAGCUUUCGCCGUGGCAGUGGAAUCCGAUUGGAUACGUUGACCGUGCGCGAACGGUGGUGUGCCGACACGGGGGCGCCGAAGACCACCCGGCCGGCAAAAACGACCGUACCGAAGGGCCCCUGUUGACAUUCUGCAGGGAGAGGAGCUGACAGAGAGCAGGGCACUUGGCCACUCAGCGCGGCAGAGGCGGCGCACUGCCGAAGGAGACACCGGACUGAACGGAGGAAGAGUCCCGAACGUUUGACUACUGUGAUCCGGGAAGUGAUCCGGACAGAGACCUCAUGAAUGGAAAUCGGAACUACAGGAGCCGUUGGGGCCCAGUCCCUGUUCGCCAUGCCUCGGCGGCCUGGCUAUGGCACCAUGGGGAAGCCCAUCAAACUGCUGGCCAACUGCUUCCAGGUGGAGAUCCCCAAGAUGGAUGUCUACCUCUACGAGGUAGACAUCAAGCCUGACAAGUGCCCUCGGCGAGUCAACAGGGAGGUGGUGGACUCAAUGGUACAGCACUUUAAGGUGACAAUCUUUGGGGAUCGAAGGCCAGUCUAUGAUGGAAAGAGGAGUCUGUACACAGCCAACCCACUGCCUGUGGCACCCGCAGGGGUGGACCUGGAUGUCACUCUACCGGGGGAGGGAGGGAAAGAUCGCCCCUUCAAAGUUUCCAUCAAGUUUGUGUCUCUGGUCAGCUGGCACAUGCUCCACGAGGUGCUGACCGGCCGCAGCAUGCCUGAGCCCCUGGAGCUGGACAAGCCCAUCAGCACCAACCCUGUGCAUGCUGUGGAUGUGGUGCUGCGACACCUGCCCUCCAUGAAGUACACUCCGGUGGGCCGAUCCUUCUUCUCUGCCCCAGAGGGCUAUGACCAUCCCCUGGGAGGUGGGAGGGAAGUCUGGUUUGGCUUCCAUCAGUCCGUGCGCCCUGCCAUGUGGAAGAUGAUGCUUAACAUUGAUGUGUCUGCCACCGCCUUCUACAAGGCCCAGCCGGUCAUCCAGUUCAUGUGUGAAGUGCUGGACAUCCAUAACAUAGACGAGCAGCCUCGCCCACUCACAGAUUCGCACCGGGUCAAAUUCACCAAAGAAAUUAAAGGUUUGAAGGUAGAGGUGACGCACUGUGGAACCAUGCGGAGGAAGUACCGCGUCUGCAAUGUGACCCGUCGGCCUGCCAGCCAUCAAACGUUCCCUCUACAGUUGGAAAAUGGUCAAACAGUAGAGCGCACUGUAGCCCAGUACUUCAGGGAAAAGUACAACUUGCAGCUGAAGUACCCACAUUUGCCCUGUCUACAAGUGGGUCAGGAGCAAAAGCACACAUACCUGCCCCUGGAGGUGUGUAACAUUGUAGCAGGUCAACGAUGCAUCAAGAAGCUGACAGAUAAUCAGACCUCCACUAUGAUCAAAGCCACAGCUCGCUCUGCACCCGACAGGCAGGAGGAGAUCAGCAGGCUGGUACGCAGUGCCAACUACGAGGCGGACCCUUUUGUGCAGGAAUUCCAGUUCAAGGUGCGCGACGAGAUGGCCCAUGUGACGGGGCGAGUGCUACCCGCCCCCAUGCUGCAGUACGGCGGCAGGGUGAGCACAGAGCACUUUAUGAACCGCACUGUAGCCACGCCCAGCCACGGGGUGUGGGACAUGAGGGGGAAGCAGUUCCACACCGGGGUGGAGAUCAAGAUGUGGGCCAUCGCCUGCUUUGCCACGCAAAGGCAGUGUCGAGAAGAAAUACUAAAGGGUUUCACAGACCAGCUACGUAAGAUUUCUAAGGAUGCUGGGAUGCCCAUCCAGGGCCAGCCAUGCUUCUGUAAAUACGCCCAGGGAGCUGACAGUGUGGAGCCCAUGUUCAGACACCUGAAGAACACCUACGCCGGACUGCAGCUCAUCAUUGUCAUUCUACCGGGAAAGACUCCUGUCUAUGCCGAGGUAAAGCGUGUGGGAGACACCCUCUUGGGCAUGGCGACGCAGUGUGUCCAGGUGAAGAACGUGGUGAAGACGUCCCCUCAGACCCUGUCCAACCUCUGCCUCAAGAUCAACGUGAAGCUGGGAGGCAUCAACAACAUCCUGGUGCCUCACCAACGACCAUCAGUGUUUCACCAGCCAGUGAUCUUCCUGGGAGCAGAUGUGACACAUCCGCCUGCUGGAGAUGGGAAGAAGCCUUCAAUUGCAGCAGUGGUAGGCAGUAUGGACGCCCACCCCAGCAGAUACUGUGCUACUGUGCGGGUCCAGAGGCCCAGGCAGGAGGUCAUCCAGGACCUCGCCUCCAUGGUGCGGGAAUUGCUGAUACAGUUCUACAAGUCAACCCGCUACAAGCCCACCAGGAUCAUUUUCUACAGGGAUGGAGUAUCAGAAGGCCAGUUCAGACAGGUGCUGUAUUAUGAGCUGCUGGCCAUUCGUGAGGCCUGUAUCAGCCUGGAGAAGGAGUACCAGCCAGGCAUCACCUACAUUGUUGUGCAAAAACGCCACCAUACACGCCUCUUCUGUGCCGACCGCAACGAAAGAGUUGGACGUAGUGGAAACAUUCCUGCUGGUACUACCGUGGAUACGGACAUCACACAUCCCUACGAGUUUGACUUUUACCUCUGCAGUCACGCUGGAAUACAGGGCACCAGUCGGCCCUCCCACUACCAUGUACUGUGGGACGACAAUUGUUUUACAGCUGACGAGUUCCAGCUGCUCACCUACCAGUUGUGCCACACCUACGUGCGCUGUACCCGCUCCGUCUCCAUCCCUGCGCCAGCCUACUACGCCCACCUGGUGGCCUUCCGUGCCCGCUACCAUCUGGUGGACAAAGAACAUGACAGCGCUGAGGGCAGCCAUGUGUCUGGUCAGAGUAACGGUCGGGACCCCCAGGCACUGGCCAAAGCUGUUCAGAUUCACCACGACACCCUGAGGACCAUGUACUUCGCCUAAGCUAAACCAACCCUCCCCAACAAAUGCCGCCCUUUACACACGCACAUUGACACACACAGACGCAACCAUGCACACUUGGCUUGCCAAUCAAGGAGUCCUCAUAUGUGCAAGUCCCAACCCCCCACCCCCCUACAUGCCUAGUCAAUCCGGACCUGACACUGUGCAGAGGAAAGCAAGGAGGAGGGAGGGGAGGAGGCACCCUUACACUGGACAGAGGAUGCAAACGCUGCUUUAAAAACAAAUGAGAGAAACUCAGCACUAUUAUGCAAUAUUAAACCAGCCAACUAGUUAAUUUUCACCCUUAUUAGGCCCCCUCUCCAGCGCCCCUCCUGUCUGUUCUUCCCUGUGUCUCAUUUACUCGUGGCCUAGUGAGUGUUUUUCUUGUUUGUUUUUUACUUUGGCUUCCCUUUGGCACAGUCUUUGUGUAUAGUCUACUAAUCGGCUCCUUUGCCAGCUACAGUACCUCAAGUCAGUUUGAGCAGCGGCACUUUUACAUUGUGUUGACUCUCCCUAGUGUUUCCAACAAGGGAACAGAGAAGAAGGAAGGGUCAGACUCUGGAGUCGGUGUUUGACAUCUUUUUGAAUAUAGUUGUUUCAUAUGACCAGAGGUCCUACCAGUUCCCACUUUUAUUUUUCCUCUUAUUUCUUCUUUACUGUCACUUUCCCCUAGUGUGUGAAAUCACCGGUGUCUUGUAUGGAGCAACACGUUGUUUUGAGCACACUGCCACCUGUUGGCGACGAGGUAUAAAUGCCCCUUUAAAGUCACAACAACGAGUUGUUGUCUUUUAAGGUUUCAGAUCAGUUUAGAUUUCUCUUUAGCAGCCAGCUGUCACAUUUGAACAGGCAGUUUAUAUUGGCUGAUAUAUCAAUUGCAGCCAUCUAUGAAUUUUAUUUAAAGUAUUAACACUGUUAUUUGAUUCUGGUUUUUAUUUUCCUUAUACAUUAUGUGAAACAUUUUACAAUUCUGACUAUUUUUAAAACAUUUAAACCGUGUACGCUUAUGUUUUUAAACUUAGUAGUUGUCAUGCAUUAGAUCCCUCAGUGCUUUAUCUCACAUUUCCCUCUUAUGAGUUUGAGAUUGUGGGUGAAUAGAGAUCACGUCAAUGGUUUCCUCUUGUGCAAUAACCAGUUGAACGAAGGGAAGGGGACUUAAGGGGACGUAAAAUGAUUUUGAAAGUGAGUGUCCUCGAAAGGAGAACGCUUUGCCACUCGUUAGACACUUUCAUGUGUGUUCCUCUGUGAGUGGAUUGAUCUGCAUGUUUUAUUAGUUUGCCCUUGGUUUUGGGCAAAAAUGGUGCAACUGCAGGUGAUGUUCAUGUUUUUACUUGAAUUGAAGGAUUUUGUGCUCCUCUGUGGUGUGUGAGGCUACUCUAUCAUCGUUGAGGCUGAUUUUCUUAAUUCCUAAGAGUAACAAAGGUUUUCACCUCACGGCAGCAAAGUGGAGUAUAAAGGCCAUAAAGAGGUAUUAUUCAAGUGCCUGGUGGAAGU